AAAAGAUGUUGUUUUUAAAAUUAUUUGCUAUUAUUUUUAUUAAUUUUAUCAGUUUUUGUUCAGUUAAUAGUGAUUUAAAUAAUUGUGGAAAGUCGCUAGUUGGCAAGGGAAAUAUAAUUGGUGGUUCACAAGUUCCAAGAGGAGUUUUUCCAUGGUCUACAGCGCUUGUCAAAUCUGAUGGACAAUUUUUCUGUGGAGGGACUCUUAUAUCCAAAACAAAAAUUAUCACAGCCGCUCACUGUAUCCAUGAGAAACAUUCAACUCGUCAAACAACAGCACAUGAAAUUCGUGUUCUUCUUGGUGUCUACGAUCUAAAUGAUCAAUAUGAAGUCGGUCGAUUCACAGCAGCAGUAAAAAGUAUCGAAAUUCAUCCAGACUGGAAUCCUAAUAUUGUGUCAUUUGAUGCUGACAUUGCUAUAAUAACACUUGAAGAACCAGUUCAAUUUACUAAGUAUAUCCAGCCAAUCUGCUUAAACUCCCCUGUAAGUUCAAAGGGAUUUGUUGUAGGCUAUGGAAAAAGUGAAGAUUUGUUAAAAAAUCAUGAAAAUAUUCCUAAAAUUAUUGAAACUCCAAUUCAUGAAAAUGCAAAUUGUUUCUUGAAAAAUCAACAACUUGUCAGCAUAUCAAGCAGCCGAACAUUUUGUGGAGGUAGUGGAGAUGGUCAAGGAGUUUGUACAGGAGAUAGUGGAAGUGGACUUUUUGUAAUUUAUCAACAAACAUUUUAUUUACGAGGCAUUGUUUCGUCAUCACUAUUUAAAUUUGGACAGUCUUGUGAUGUUGAUUCUUAUUCUGUAUUUACGGAUAUAAGUCAUUUCAAUGGAUGGAUUUUAGACAAUUUAGGGAAUUUGACUAAUUCGAACAGCGUUUCUAUUAAUGAAUAUGAGAGAAAAUUUAAGGAAAUUCAACAAUCGCUUGAAAAUCAAAAACCAAUCAGAACUACAGGUGUUUGGGUACAAUGGAGCAAAUUUAAAGAAGGUGUACCAGAAAAUGCUGUGAGAAGCAACUACGACGAUAAUGAUAAAUACUAUGUCCAUAGAGCAUAUCAUGAAGGAGACUUGAUUCCUGGAAAAUUUGCGAUACUCGAAAGAAAAUCUUAUAUAAGUUAUGAUGGAAAAGAAUACAUCAAGGAUAAUUCUGAGGUGAGUGCUUGCCUUCAAACUUUAUAAUUCUCAAAAAAAAAUUAAAAUUAAUGCUUUUUAUUCACAGCUCUUAACCCACACUAAUUAUGUCUGGUCUGAUAACAGAAACGAUGGUCUUCAACUUAUCGAUGGUGGCGAAGACAAGUAUGGAACUAAAUUGUAUAUAUGCAGAGUUGCUCAUAAAGAAACUUGGGUUGGAGGAAAACUUCUUAAUAAUUUUUGCUAUUUUCCAUGGGGCGGUGAAGAACUCAAUAGUAGUUUGUAUCAAGCAUUGAAGAGAAAAUCUUAAUUAUUGUUAAGCUACAGAUUGUCAUUACAGACUAGUAUUGUACCCCGUGCAGGCAUGAUGUGUAGUUUUUAAGGUUAUGACAAAACGCAAUUUAAAUUCAUAUUUUAUUUAAAUUUUUUCUUAUUUUUUGAAAACUAUAAUCUUGUCAGAUCAAGUGACGAAGAAUGAAAGGGUUGAUAAUAAAAAAAUCGUGGACCUGUGUCAAGUAACUUUCUAUGUAGACUUAACUACAAAUAAAACUAAGCAAAUUUGCACAACCAGUUCUUGUUCUUGUUAUUUAAAGCUUCCUGAAGGUUUCUUAC